UUUCUUUUUCUAGAGCAGUAAAUUAAGAGAUUAUUGGCCUCCCUUGGUUACAAAAAGAGGAAACAAUUUUUCCAAGACUCAGGGUAGCCGCAACCAGUUCUCCCAGAGAAAUUAUUAACCACCAAGAUUCAGAGAACAGAGCUCGAGGCUUCUGCCCACGACCCUCCCGGCGGCGGCCGCCACAGGCACCUUUCCAGAGUGUCAUUUCAAACAGCCAGAUAAAAGCCAAAGGAGGAAGCAGGGAAAGAGUACACAACGUAGCAGUUCUGAAAACCACCCUGCGUUCCAGUCUGCAGCAGGGAGGUCACACCCAGGCAUCACAAUAGCGCCUCUGCUUUCAGAAAAUUAACUGGUUCCUCUCGGUUCUUGCUCCAAUUCUGAUUUCUGCAUUCUGACUCCUGGCUCAUCGUCUCCUGCAGCUGGACUCAUUUCCAGGCCCCUUGAAACAAGAGCCUUCUCUUUAGGAAAGGAAAUACCUUGCCCCGAGACUUCUGUAAAUGUCACUGACAAUGUGUGAUUGAGAACCAAAACAUCUUUAGUGCCAAGUAAUGAUGAAAUAGAAAACAAAGGUAUAUUGUGAUAGAGGCACAAACUUCCACUCUGUGCCCCUGACUUUUCUGAAGCCUAUCUGACUGCAGAGAUUUCAGGUCAUGGAUUAAACCCGCAACCUUGGUGUAUUGGGACAACGCUCCAACCAACUGAACUACCUGGACAAGGUUAGACCAUAUCCUUUAGUCAAAGGUCAUGGAAGAUCUGGAGGAAACAUUUGAAGAACUGGAGAACUACUCCUAUUCCUUGGACUAUUCCUCCCCAGCGUCUCCUUUGGAAGAGAAAGCCCCCCUGGAGGUUGCUCACUGGGUCUCCCUGGUGUUGUACUGCUUAGCAUUUGUUCUGGGCAUUCCAGGAAAUGCCACUGUCAUUUGGUUCACGGGUUUCAAGUGGAAGAAGACAGUCACCACUUUCUGGUUCCUCAAUCUGGCUGUGGCGGAUUUCAUUUUUCUUCUCUUCCUGCCCCUCUAUAUCUCCUAUGUGGCCAUGAAUUUCCACUGGCCCUUUGGCCUCUGGUUGUGCAAGGCCAAUUCCUUCAUUGCCCAGUUGAACAUGUUUGCCAGUGUUUUUUUCCUGACGGUGAUCAGCCUGGACCGCUACAUCCAGUUGGUCCAUCCUGUCGUAGCUCAUCGGCACCGAACGCUAAGGAACUCCCAGAUAGUUACUGUGCUCGUUUGGCUUUUGGCUUCUCUAAUCGGUGGUCCUUCCCUAUACUUCCGGGAGACUAUGGAGGUGAAUAACCACAUUUUUUGCUAUCACAAUUUCCACGAGCAUGAUUCUGACCUCGCUUUGAAGAGGCACCAUGUUCUGACCUGGGUGAAAUUUGUUAAUGGGUACCUUACCCCUUUGCUCACAAUGAGCAUUUGCUAUUUGUGUCUCAUCUUAAAGGUGAAGAAGCAAAGCAUCCUGGUCUCUAAUAGGUAUUCCUUGACCAUCCUCGCUUUGGUCCUGGCCUUUUUGAUUUGCUGGACUCCUUAUCACAUAUUUAACAUUUGGGAGCUCACGAUACACCACGGUGGCUACUACCACCAGGUGCUGCGGGCUGGCCUCCCCCUCUCCACCGCUUUGGCGUUCCUCAAUAGCUGCUUGAAUCCCAUCCUUUAUGUUCUAAUUAGUAAGAAGUUCCAAGCGCGCUUUCGAGCCUCGGUUGCUGAGAUACUGAAGUACACGCUGUGGGAAGUCAGCUGCUCUGGCACGGUGGGCGAGCAGCUUAGGAGCUCUGAAACCAAGAAGUCGGGUCUCCAGGAAACGGCUCAGUGAAAUCCUUCUCUCCCACAAAUCAGCAUAAGGCUUUCGUGUGGGUCCCCUGACAGAUGCUUUCAGAUUAUUUGGUUCCAAGAUACAGAGCUGACCAUAGCUUUUUGUUGUUGUUUUUGGUCAGUUUGUUAGCAUCACAUUUUUGUGUGGAUAUAAAAUGAAGGAAAGAUCUCCAUUUUUUUUUCGCCUGCAACUUAUAUUAUGUGUCAUUCUUGCUAAUUAUACCAUAGUGGAUUAAUGACCACUGUGGAGGCGAGAUCAGUUAUUAUUUUAAAAAUCUUAAUAACUUUCUCUAAGUCCUAAAUCUUAAUAUUAAAUCUGUGAUCAACUCAUUUGAAAAAAUGGAAAAUUAAAUUUGCUUAAGUUCACUUUAAUUUAACCUAUUAGACAAAUUCUUAAAAUGCAACGUGUACUUCUUUAUUUCAUGUAACCUUUGUAUAUACAUUUAUGAAUUAAACUAAUAGUUGGUUAUAGUAGUUUAAAACAGUCUUCCAGUUGGUUAUUAAUAAAUUAUCUUUAUUGUUGAAAGUAUUACAGAUGUCCCCUCCCCACCCAGCCAGUGGGUUAAUAAUGCUUCGUAAACUGCCCCCAAAUCUAGUUGCUUAAAACAACAUUUUAGUAGUAUUACAUCUCACAAUUCAGAGCCAGGAAUUCAAACAAAGCACAGAAGAGAGGGUCCUCUCUGCUUCACAGUGUCUGGGGCCUCAGCUGGACUGGGAAUACCCAAACGGCUGAGGUUUCCAACAGCUGGAGGCUGGCUGAGCAGCUCUCUUCCCUUCCCUCUUCUCUCCCCAUUCCUGCCCUCCCUUCAGCCUCUCUCCCCUCCUACCCCCACUCUCUCCUUUUUUUUCUCCCUCUCCCUUCACACAGCUGCUCCCGCAUGGCACCUCAGGGUAGCCAGACUUCUUAAAUGGCAAUUUAGAGCUCUGAGAAACCAAGGUGGACACUUCCAGUCUUCCUAAAAGCUGUGCCCUGCACAAACACAGUAUCACUUCCCUUGUACUAGUAUUUUAUUGGUCAAAGCAGAUAUAAGCCUUUUAUUUCUAUAAUGAUCUUUAUAUAGACACCAAUAAAGCAACCUUUAAGUCAGAUGGAAAUCUGUUGCCUUAUAGACUGUAAUAAUAUUCUGCCCUGUUUUCAUUUAUUCCUUUAGCAAAUAGGUGGGUAUUGAAGAGAUACGCAGAACCAUGGUAUAUAGACAUUGAGAAUGCCAAGAAUCAUAAGGUACUUACAGUUUAGAGAGUGAGAUUUAAGUUACAUAAAAACAAUCACAGAACAAGGCAGGUAGUAAUAAGGGCCAUAGGAGAGCCAGGAAAAGAAAUGGCAUCCAGGUAAAGAAACAUUGGAAUUCUAUGACCUUGCCUUUGAGGUUCCCUAAAGAUUCUGCUCCUAUCUUUUGUCCCUCGGUCCAGUUUAAGAACCCAUUGUGGCCCUCGAGUCAAAAAGUUUGCCCACCCCUGGGCCCUAUGACGAUAUUUGAGAUCUUAAAAAACAUUAUUGGAUCUAGAAUACAAAAAGGAAACUGAAAAAGUAAAAACGAAUACUUAAUUACAUGUCUAUAAAAUAUACCUUCAUGUCACUUGGUCAAAGGAAGUAUUUAAUAAUUAUCUAAAAAUAUAUUUUACAUGGAUUUCAAUAUGUUUCAAUAUUUGAUGUGAGGAGUGGAGCUUCCAAAAAGAAAAAUGCUUUAAGGAAGGUUUACAAAGGUCUUAGAGGAAUUCAUUUAAGAAUCUAAUGAAAGUUAUGGGUUCUUUCUACAGAAAAAUGCUUUUAAAGAAAAUAUCAGGGAGGCCUUAGGCCCCAGGCUAAGAAUUCCCCUAUUUAGUAGCUUUUAAAAUAGCUGCCAGUGGGAAUGUUGAUUGGGACUCACUAGGAGAAAGCAAUAACCAGUACAGGUACUUUCCAGCAGAAUAAUUUUUUGUUCUCAGUUUGAGGGAAGAUCCAAGGAGGAAAAUAGAAGGACCCACACUUAGCCCGAGGACUGGGUACUCCAAACCUCCUCCCCGGUGGUUGGAAUCUGGUCAAUGAGGCUUACUAGGGGUCUAAUAGCCAAGAGUAGGAUGAAUGACUAAAAAGACAGAAGUGGGAGGCUGGACAGGCACUGCAGCAAUUUGGGGAGGAAGCGAGGGAGCUCAGUGCCUAGUUGGCAGGAGGGUAAAGAAUCCCAGGCAGCUCAGGGACUUGAGCACAGACUUAUUGAGACAGACCUGCCUCCUCCUCAGUGAUAGGAAGCUCUUAGGAAUAGCUCUAGGGCAAGUCCCAAGGCCUCCGGAGGCUGAAUAUCUAGAUUUGGAUUAUGGCUCCAACACAUCCUAGCACUGGGAGCUUGGCUAAAGUAAUUCAUAUUUCUAGACCUCAGUUUUCCCUAUCUGUGAAAUGGGUAUAACAAUAGUAUCUGCCACAUAAGGCUAUUGGGAAAAUUAAAUGAGUUGAUGCAGGUAUUUACAGGGCGUCACCUAAAAGCACUUACAGUGGUAUUUAGCCCUAUAAAUUCCUGAUAAAAAAUUAGCUAGAUUAGCUAGUAUUAUCCUUACUCAGUGAGAUUCCUGGCAUGUUCUGACAUUGGAACUGCUUAGGAAAUGUUAGAUCCCUUCCUCCUCUCCUCUUGAAUGAACAUCAAAAUUUCAUAGGAAGAAUCAGGUAACUACACAGACAACUUUAAAACAAGACAGUUUAUAAGUACUGCAAAAGAAUAAUGUGCUGGGAGGCUGCAAGGGGCAGGAAGGAACAGAAUUUUUUUUAAAAAAAGACCUCUUGCAAGAGGUAGUUGAAGUGCAUUUUGAAAAAUGACUACCAUUUGACAAAGUGCGGUGAGGAAAGAGGCUAUUUUAGAUGGAUGGCACAGCAAGAGCAAAUGUGCAGAGAUUGGAAAACACGGGCUGUGUUCAGAAAAGACAAUAGUCCCAUUUUAUAGGGACAAAGUGAAGAUGGGAGAUUCGGAAUUGAUGUCAGGCGUGAAGAGCAAUCCAUAGUUCUUCACUAUGCUUACAUAUGGGCAAUGAAUAUUUAUAAGUCUAUGGACACUUCCUUUGAUUUUUACUUUCCUGAAAACUAUUCGGGCCAAUGAAAUUCCAAACGAUAGACUCAUUUGGGAUAUUUCCUGAAUGCAACUAUUAUCACACAGGGCAUGCAGUGAGAGGAUGUCUGUUUACCAGUCUCCAUUCCCAAUUUAAGUUUACCCUUAAGUGAUAUCUCCUCACUCUCCCUGAGGGUAUGAAGCAAGGGUUACACUGAUGAAAUGGGAUUAAAUUGUAUAAAAGCAGGGAUGAAGAACUUUCCCCAUUCUAUUACCAACACAUUAGUGGACUCUGAAGACCUCUCACUAGAUGAGUAAUCAGGCAAGUCGUCUCUCAGUACUCCCUCUAACCUAUAAAUGGUGAUAACGGUGCCUGCCUUGUUUAUCUCCUCGGCUUAUUAUGAAGUUCAAAUUAGACAAUGUAUAUGAGGCGUGCAUUUUUUUUUAAACCUUUUUAUCCUAAGGACAAU